AUGAAAAUCUUAGAAUCGAGGUGCUAAUUUCAGGAUGGCUCUAUUUCUUGGUUUGGAAUCAGAGACUUUUCAUUAUUCAUUGAUAAUAUUAUUGAAGAAUAUUAAUGUAAAGACUUCAACAUUUAACCAUUUGAUGGAAGUUUCUCUAAUCUAUAUGAUUGUAAUUUUGGUUAUAAUAAUUGUGUAAAAGGAAUCUGCAUCAACUGUUUAGAUGGCUGGUAUUUGGACACACAAGAUAUUUGUAUCUCUGUGGUUAUCAAAAAUUAAUGUUAAAUGAAGUUUGUUAUGAUGAUAACUCUAUUUCAUAUGAUAAUUGUCAUCAUUGCUAGUUUUCUUGUCCAUAAAAUUGCAUUCUUUGUUUUUUUGGUGUUUGCAAAGAAUGUGAAAAAAAUCCUAUUUUCUUAUAGAAGAUAAGUGUAUACCUAAUUAAUAGAAUGGUGAAAACUUUGUUGAACAAAUAGAAACUGAUUUUUUUCAAUAAUUGGGAUGUUUUUCCAGAUUUUUUAAUUAUUUAAGAUUAUUAAUAAGAUAGUUUAACUGAAUGUAAUAAAGGUUCUAAAUUUUCACCCAGCAAAAGACAAUGUGUUGAAAUUUGCAAUUGUUAAGAUUUAGUUAGCUUAUAAAAUAAUGAUUGUUAUAAUUUUGUAUAAAACUGCUAAUUAGAAUGUUUAAUGCUUGUUUUGAGGGAUGGAAGUUGGUUAAUCAUAAAUGCUAGCAAAUUUGCGGAGACAAUUAAGUCGCAUUAUAUUCUUAUGAAUAGUGUGAUGAUGGAAAUCAAUCUAUUGAUGAUGGAUGCCAUGAAUGUUAAUUUUAAUGCGGAUUAUUUUGUUAAUUUUGCGAUAAGGAAUUAAAUUGUAUCAUAUGUGAACCAAAUUUCAAACUGGUACAUCAUGCAUGUGAACCAAUAUGCGGUGAUAAAAUAGUCAUAAAUGGAUUAGAGGAAUGUGAUGAUGGAAAUGAUAUUAAAUAUGAUGGUUGUUAUGAAUGUUAAUUUUAAUGUAGAUUUGGCUGUAAAAUUUGUGAAUCUGGCAAAUGCGAAGUUAUGUGUAAAGUUGAUUGUAUUAAAAUGUUCCAACUGAAAGUGAAGAAAUUGAACCAGAGCAAUCUGAAUGCAAAAAUGAUUGCUUAGUUUGCGACGGGGAUCUUUGUCUCGAAUACUAACCAGAUGAGAUUUUGGAAAUAAUCAGUUUUUCUUCUGUGGAGAUGGAAUUAUAGCCCAAGACGAAGAAUGUGAUGAUGGAAAUAGGAUCAAUUCGGAUGGAUGUUCGAAUUAAUGUAAAAUAGAAAAGAAUUGGAAUUGUUUAGAAACCAUUUCAUUUUUAAGUUAAUGUUUCCCAAUGGCUAAAAUUUCGAUUACAACUAUUUAGGUUAUUUGAGAAAAUUAUUAUAAUAGUAGAUCGAAAAUAGUAUCAAAUUUAUAAAAAAGCCUUCAGCGGUAGAAUUCUACCCUGCGCAGAUAAACCCAAUGUAUUUCAAGUACACCGCCUUAACCACUCGGUCAAAUUGA